ACUAGAAACACUUGUUGGCUUGGUGACAAAGUAGUGUGUUUGUGUGUGGUGUAUUCAUUUAUCGCGCGUUAUCAUCCAGAGGGCGUAUGCUGCUUUACGAUGACAGUAAUGUUGUAGACAUUUCACAAGCAAUUGGGAUUUGCUAAUCAUGGAACAAACUAAAGAUGUUGUUUCUGUGCUGGUCAAAUAAAGAUGGCCGACAGUGGUGAUAUAUGUUUCGAUUCAUCAGAAGAUAUAGAUGAUAGCGAAAUUGAUGAAACAAGUGAAGAAAAUACAGAAGAUAUUAGCAGCCACGUUGAAGCAGCGUUAAAAUCACUAUCAAAGGGAUGUUAUUUGUAUAAAGUAAGAAGCGCAAAGCAUUUCUAUCGUCGAAGAUACUACCUUGAUUUUCAGAAUUUAUGUUUAAAAUAUCAGUCGAAGAGGAGAAAAUUUUGUAAUCGUCCACCUCUUUUUGUCGACCUCUACACCAUUGAAGAAAUUAGAACGGGAUGGAACACCGAUAUAUUCAAUCAGGUGCAAGCUAUGGUAAGAACAAACAGGAAGAUUCCAAUAUUUGUGGAUGAGGAUCGUUGCUUUUCGUUAGUGAUCAAUUCCACUCACGAAACAUUGGAUCUUGUCGCACCAAAUAAAGAAAUCAAAGAAUUAUGGAUCGAGGGAUUGAAGCAUAUUUUGGCAAUGUGUCAAAAUUUACAUCGUGAAGAAGAAUAUGACAGGUAGGU